UCACUAGUGUGGCUGAAUGUGAAGGUCUCUGGGUGCAGGUCAGCUGCCAACUGACUGAGGAACCAUGAGAGUCUCUGAAAGCUCGGGGACAUGUACAUGCUGUCUCAGGUUCCCAAUAUCUGUGUGUGUAUGUGUGCCUGUGUGUGAAUCCAAACAGGGGGUAUCCAAUACAGGAUAAAAUUAGGCCAGCCAGGCCUUAUAUUGCUGACAGAGCCCGAGUGGCCAAAAAAAGCCUGGAGGGCAAGCUGGCAGUGGAAGCACAAGGAAGAGAGGAGAGCGAGGAUCGCAGUUGAAAUGGCCAACAAACUUGUAGAUCUUUUGUACUGGAGGAAGAUGAGGAGGACCGGUGUGGUGUUCACAGGGCUGGUGAUUGGUCUGGCUAGCCUGUUCCAGCUCAGUGCCAUCACUGUGCUCGCCCACAUCUGUCUAGGUGUCAUGUGUAUCACCUUCCCUCUUCGACUCUACUACAAACUGCUGGAGGUGCUGCGCUGGAACCCCGGGGUGCACCCCUUCCAGUCAUAUCUGGAUUAUGACACCUCUCUGACAGAUAAGGACACUGUGAUGUUGGUAGAGGAAGUAGUGCUACUGAUUGCAUUUGCCAUCACAGAGAUCAAACGCCUCCUUUUCAUCGACAGCAUGAUCGACUCCAUUAAGUUUGUGGUGCUGCUGUAUCUACUGAGCUAUGUUGGCGUUCUAACCAAUGGACUGACACUGGUGAUAACUGCUGUGAUCGCUAUAUUUUCCCUUCCUUUGUUGUACAAAAAACAGCAGGUACGGAUAAGGAGGGUGGUUAGAGCAGUCAGAGCGUUUGUAAAGAGAAUCAAAAACCUGUGCCUUAGUCUAUAUGAUUUGGUGAGACCCUCUCCUGCCCCUGCGCCUGCCCCUAAACCUGCAUCUGUAGCUGCACUUGUUGCCAGACAGAAAGCCAAGUCAAAGUAACUCUUGGAUGCAUGCUGGAAGCACCCGGGAUUUGAGAUUGGAAAAUGCUGGAAUGGUACAUCCUCUGUGUGCCCGCUGGAGGGGCUCAUUUCCAUUUCUGGGCUGUGAUGUUUGUUUAUGGGAGCAAGAUUUAAUGAGUCCUGACAAUUGAAACAAAGCUGCCAUUCACUCAGUAACAGCAAGGGGAAGUGUGUGAAGAGAGGAAUUUUAUUUACAGAGAUGAUUUCUGUGGGCACCGUAUAAUGUAACCAGUUCACACAAGCAGGGCCUGCACAGAUUAUCACUGUUUUCUCUUUGUCUUUGACAACAGAUCUAUUUUUACACUGGUGAACCAGUGAGCACUGUGUUCCUGUCGAGUUGCACAACCAUUCGGAGUGAAGCAGUGGAGCAUUACUAAGGCUUUCAUUAUUGAGCAUCAUUUGUUUUUAGUUAAACAGAACAAAACUGACACAAACAUCAGCUACCUUUGGCACAAAGCUAUUCACAUUUUAUGCUUUCACGCUGUAACUCAUAUGAGAGAUAUGAAAUCACUGUUCUCUGGUCUUUAUGCUAAUUUCAUUUAAUGAGGUUACAACACUGACUUCUUGCUACUCUUGGGGCAGAUUAGAGUUAGAUACAGAGAUCCAAUAUUGAUACAAAAAUAAAGAAAAUGUGUAGCAACAAAACAGCACUUAAAAAAUGAGAACAAUCUCAACUGUUCUGCAGGUGAAUUUGGGUUGAUUAAUAACACAAGAAAUCAUGUUUUGUGCCACAACAACAGCAAUUUUACAUAGCUUUAUUUUAUUUUAUUUGGUCAAACCAACAGGGAAAAAGCUUUGUAUCUGUUGACUGUACUACUAGUUUUGCUAGCUAGAUGCUAACUUUGCUGUUUGGUGUUGAGCAGGUUGUGUGCAUUGGGUUUUUAGAGCUUUUUAGCUGAAAAACAGUUGAAUACAGUGGGGAGAGUGAACCAAACCAAUACACUUGCAGCCUGUACAGCCAACACAGCCACAGCAACAACUAAAACAAUGCGGUGAAAGAUGCUAAAAUGUGCUGUACAACUGAGGGGAACUAUGUCUGAUAUGUAACAUAUAAAAGGUGAGGUGCAAUGAAAAAAGAUGCUACUAAAGCUCAGGUUGAUGUUGCCCCUACCUUAAUUUGGUCUUACAUUUGUUCUGUUUUCACCUUCGGUUUCUAUGUUACAUCUGAUUAUACUGUAACUAACUACGGUACAUAAUUAAUUACGUUCAUGACAGUGCACUACCUCUUUUCAAUUGAAUGACUGUGUGAACUGGUUGCACAGUAAACUGCCUCCAGAAAACAUUUACUCAUGCUCAUUAAAAAGUCAGUUAAUUAAAUGAAGGACUGAGACCCAAAAUUGAUCAUAUGGGCUUUCAUCUGGCAUCUCACUUCCAAACACAAACCAACAAAUUAAGCAACGUUACCACCUGCUGCAAACAGCUGGAGAAAAGUGCUUGAGGGGCACUUUGACAAGAAGUCAGUGGCAAACACCAAAAUAUGUAUCCAUUUUAGGAAGCCAUUACAUUUCAUACUCAGACGUCUUGCAGUGGAGCUUCACUUGAUUCAGUAUCCUGAAAGGAAUAAUACAGAAUACUUCUGUGGCAUCAAUUACGUUUGACUCAAAAACUUGCUUUUUUGAUAAUUCUAUCAUUCUACAAUAUAACAAUUUAAUACUUCAAGCUGGGAGCUGAGUACUGUGUAUCAUUACAGUUGACUACUCCCACAACUCCAUAUCAACAUUUUCCAAAUCUACCAAACAUUUUGAGAAUGUGGUCAUUAGCUAAUCGGACUAUGUUUCUAUGGAACCUUUAUCUUUACUACAGCUCUAUAAAUCAGCCCACACACUUCAGUUGUGACCUGAUAUGGUGAAUUGCACUUGUUUCUGUAACUUGCUGUUGUUCAUGUGGUAUAUUUUAACUUUGGCAGAUUUCUCUCCACUUGCAGCUCAAAAUCUUUCAGAGCUGGCAAGACG